AAAAAAAAAGAUCAAAACAAUCCCAGCAGACCGUUCCGUGUUUGUGCUUGAAUUUUUUGAGAAACUCGUCAGUGUUUGGUGAAAUGUUGCUAUCUUGGCUGCUGUCUGGGAUAAUUCGUGUCAAAAGCUGCUGCAGAUGCCAGAAGUGAGCCACUAGGUAAUGGUGCCCGGCCCGUGCCGGAGGGGUUCCGGAUGGAUUGACUGUUGGCGAAUCAAAAGUACAGAACGAUCCGCGUGCCCCGUCUCGAGCGUAUACUUCCGCCAGCAAGGUCGAGCUAGAAAAGCGCAAACAGGAGUAGGCCAAGUUUGGGGUGUAUUUUGACGAAGAUUACAACUACCUGCAGCAUCUGGAAUCCGAAAGGAACGAAGUCUACUGGGAACCUGUGCAGCCGGCGAAGACGGCCGGGCGGAGAAGGUCAGCACCAAGCUGCCCAGCUCGAUGUUUGCGUCGAAGGUGGAGGGGUUGAUGAAGAAAAAGGCACACAUGGGGCCUGGGCUGUGACCGGAUUGGGAUCCGGACGAGGAUUUUGACUUCGAGAACCCGGAUAAUGCGUUGGAAGAUAACUUUAUUGAACUGGCCAUGGGAGGGAAGGAAGAGGACGAUUACUUCGGUGAAGGGGAGGAGGACUAGGGAGUAGACUCGAAUGAGGCCGGAAUGUCCGACGAAGACGAGGAGCGGGACAGAUUUAGACCGCUGGCGCUUGACCAGGAGGAGACCAAGUCAUGCUUCACGGAAUACUCGAUGAGUAGUAGCGUGAUCUGGAGGAACGAGCUCUGUACGAAGUGGCGUAGCAUCAACCCGAAAACUGGCCUGCCGAUGAACGUGCUCGGUGCGACCGUCAGGGUCAAGUCGCCCGGUCCCAUCGGCCGGUGCAACGGCAGUGUAAUCUCCACGCUGAGCGUGUUGUCGAUCCGGCCAAAAGACGAAUCGCCCGAGGAGCAAGAAACUGCUGAAGGAGUACCGCGUGGAGCGGCGAAUAGAGCGCAAGGUCAACACGCUCACGGUCAAGGAUGAGGAGAAGCAGCAGGAGAAGAGACAACUGAACAGCCGCGUCAACGCGGGCGUAAGGAUCGAAUUUGUGAAGGACACGAACACACACACACAUACACUUACACACACUAAAUUUAUGGAAUACAUUGUUAAAUCAAACAAAUGGUUUUUUACUUUUCUCUUGAAGAAAACUAAUGGAGUGUUUUUUAGAAUUGAUUCAACUUCAAAGAAACCUUGCGCCAGAACAAAAUUCAAACGCAACGGCUGCUGGGAGGUAUGGACCAUCCAUAAACCACGUGGAUACCUAGGGGUAGAGGUUCAACGGUUGUCCAGGCUCCAGGCUUCAUACAAAAAGAUUUGUGUUGUAUGGAAAGUUUCCACGAGGGGGGGUCUGCGAUUUCAAAAAAGUGCUUACGUGGUUUAUGGAUGGCCCCUUAAAAGAGAUCGUACUAGUAUUCUGACGUCGACAUGUGUUACAUGUAAGAAAUUGCUCAUAUUUAAUUUCCUAUUUUAUCUUUUAUUCUUAGGUUCGCACUUUUAAACCAAACUAAUUUAAAAAUUUACAUGGAAUAUAGAAAAUGACAAAAUAAUCGUUUCAUUAUGAAUAGCAAUUGGCCAUAUUCUAAUGAAACACGAGGGUCAAGAUCUCUUGUCAGUCCCUGUGCAGUAAAUGACUUUCACAUUUGAAACCCAAAAAAAACAUAACUGAGCCGUAAACUUUAUUUUCGUAAUUUAACAAACUCAGUAUUUAUGAUGUUACAAAAAAACGAAAAGGAUAUAUUGGAAUAUCAAACCAAUAACAGUUUCUGUUAUUAUGGAAUAAAAUGGAAAAACAUAACUUAAGCUGUUAUUAUCAUCUUAUUUCACAUUUCCAAUGGAAUAUCAAACCAAUAACAGUUUCUGUUAUUAUGGAAUUAAAUAGAAAAACAUAACAUAAAUUGUUAUUAUUAUCUUAUUCCGCAUUUCAAAUUGAAUAUCAUCCCAAUAACAUUCUUUGUUA